AUGCUGAACGCCAGAAUCCAAUCAUCUAAAAGAAUUGCACUUGUCUAUCUCUCGGUCGCCAUGACCAUUCCGUUCUUGAUGCCUAUCAAACACACAAUCACACAUAAAGAUGAUCAAAGUAUAGGAUACUUUGGUGUGGGCGGAGCCUUCAGAAUAUAA